AGCUGCAUCAUAAGGGAGAGCAAGAGAGAAGGAGAGAGAGAGCUUGGAGAUUAUAAGGCUGGGAAGUGUUUGGUUCCCUUUUGCAGGAAAAAAAAUGCUGGGUCUCUCUCUGCCUCUCCUCGCCAUCUGCUUGGCAGCCUGGGGCCCCAGCACGGUGGAUGGGGCCCCCCGCACAGUCACCCCCACCCUACUGCAACGGAAGCCCAGCAAGAGCCCCACCGCAGCAAGCCAGGUGACAGCAGCUCUCCCCAGGGCAACUUCCACCUCACCUGCGCCCCCCAGGAGCAAGCAGGUGAGGGGAACAGCCCGCCCAGAGCUCACCUCACCCGCAAACGUCAGGACCACAGUCACAUCUGGCAGACAGGGCAUGGAAGCGCCCUUUCCUACCACCAGCCAAGCCAAGAAGACCGGGGCGUCUACAGAGAAGUCCGUCGUUGGGAAGAAAGUUGUGAAGAAGGUGGUGAAGAAGGUGGUGAAGAAGAAAGUCAAACUUUCCCCCCAGGAAAGAGCUGCCAAAGAAGCCUCAGAAUGCCCCCCACUGGGACUUGAGUCUCUGAGGGUGAAGGACUUCCAGCUCCGGGCUUCCAGCUACAAGAGAAUGGGCCUCGGACCCCACCGUGGCCGACUCAACAUACAGUCCGGCAUCAACGAUGGUGAUUUCUAUGACGGCGGCUGGUGUGCUGGGCAUGACAACAAGAAACAAUGGCUGGAGGUGGAUGCCCGGCAACCAACCCGUUUCACCGGGGUCAUCACACAAGGCCUGAACUCCAUUUGGACAUACGACUGGGUGACGUCGUAUAAGAUCCAGUUCAGCAAUGACACUCACAGCUGGCAGCCGUGCAUGAAUGGGAGUGAGGAGAUGGUCUUCACCGGAAACAAGGACCCCGAGACGCCAGUCCUCGGCCUCUUCCCCACUUCAGUGGUGGCCCGAUACAUCCGCAUCAACCCCCAAACGUGGUUUGAGAAUGGGACCAUCUGCCUGAGGCUGGAGGUCCUGGGUUGCGUUGUGCCAGACCCCAACAACAUCUACUCAUGGGACACAGCACCUGUGACCAGCGAUAAAUUGGACUUCAGGCACCACAACUACAAGGACAUGAGGAAGCUGAUGAAGAAGGUGAAUGAUGCUUGCCCCAACAUCACCCGGGUAUACAGCAUCGGGAAGAGCUACCUGGGACUGAAAAUGUACGUCAUGGAGAUUUCCGACAACCCCGGACAGCAUGAAGUCGGGGAGCCCGAGUUCCGCUACGUUGCUGGCAUGCACGGCAACGAGGCUCUGGGCCGGGAGCUGCUGCUCAACCUGAUGGAAUACCUCUGCCACGAGUACAAGCAGGGCAACCCUCGCAUCGUACGCCUGGUCACCGAGACCCGGAUCCACCUGCUGCCCUCCAUGAACCCGGAUGGCUACGAGACAGCCUACAAACUGGGCUCUGAGCUCUCCGGCUGGGCGAUGGGCCGGUGGACAUAUGAAGGCUUCGACCUCAACCACAACUUUGCUGACCUCAACACGGCCCUGUGGGAUGCAGAGGACAACGAGAUGGUGCCACACAAGUUCCCCAACCACUACAUCCCCAUCCCAGAGUAUUACACUUUCCCCAAUGCCACGGUGGCCCCAGAGACUCGGGCAGUCAUCAACUGGAUGCAGCGCUACCCUUUCAUGCUCAGCGCCAACCUGCACGGAGGGGAGUUGGUGGUCACCUACCCCUUCGACAUGACGCGCACCUACUGGAAGGCCCAGGAGCUGACGCCCACAGCCGACGACGCCGUCUUCCGGUGGCUCGCCACAGUCUAUGCCACCUCCAACCUAGCCAUGGUGGACGACGACCGGCGCCUCUGCCACUACGAUGACUUCAUGAGGGAAGGCAACAUCAUCAAUGGGGCGAACUGGCACACGGUGCCUGGAAGUAUGAACGACUUCAGUUACCUUCACACCAACUGCUUUGAGAUCACCAUUGAAUUGUCUUGUGACAAGUUCCCACACGAGUCGGAGCUGCCCCGGGAAUGGGAGAACAACAAGGAGUCCUUGCUGGUCUACAUGGAGCAGACCCGAAGGGGCAUCAAAGGCGUUGUCCGAGACAAAGACACGGAGCAGGGCAUCGCGGACGCCAUCAUUUCGGUGGAUGGCAUCAACCACGACAUUAGGACAGCUUUUGAUGGAGACUACUGGCGCCUGCUAAACCCCGGUGAGUACGAGGUCACCGCUGCGGCCGAGGGCUACCACUCCGUCACCCGGAGUUGCCGCGUCUCUUACGAGGACAACCCCACCCUGUGCGAAUUCCGCCUGACAAAGACACCCAAGCAACGGCUGAGGGAGAUCCUGGCCAAAGGGGGCAAGGUGCCCAAGGACCUUGCCUUGCGCCUUCGCCAGCUGCGGCUGCACAAACUGCGGUCCCAGAGACGGGCUCAGUGAAGGGGACCCUUGGACCAUCUCCAGCCUCUUCCUGGACGGAAAGCUGCUUCUCAGACUCCCAUUGUCUUCUUCUUCUGAUCUUAGUGGAUUCUUUCUUCAGCCAUUUUGAGUUUCUAGACACAGACCUCCGUGCCAUUGGCUUUCAAACUAUCUUGUGAUUUCUGGCCUUUGGGGAAAUUAGAUAUAAAUCAGCCACAGAAUUUGUUCCCAGCCCCACCAGCAAUCAUGGCAAUAUUAUUAUCAUCAUCGUCAUCAUUGUUUCGGCACAAUGUUUGCCAUCUUGGCACUCAUCAAGAUCCAUAUAUUUUUAAGUUCUACUUAUUAUGAACAUGUCAGAAAUGGUGCUGAAUCUCUAAAGCGACCUUUCGGUUUAAGCGCACCUAUACAUGCCUCUCCCGGAAGGCGUUCCCUUUAAGCUCAGAUGUGCAGGGGCUGGUUGUAGCCGUUCAGCACUCUGCUUAUGCACAAAGAAACUCUCAUUCCUCAUUCCUUCACAUGUCCCAGGGUCAAACCCUGACACUGGAAAAAAAUG